AUGGAUAUAUCAAGGACACCUGAUCCGCUGCAAAACAUAGGUGCUCUCAGAUUGCUCCCACAAGAAUUGCGAAACGAAGUAUGGCGACUUCUCCUCCACAGUAAACGGCUUACUUUUGGGCCAUUGCACAAAACAGCUAUUUUCCGGACCUGCAAGCAAAUCCACAAUGAGAUCAUUGCGUUGCUCUACAACAACAAGACACUUACUAUUACGCUUAGCGCAUCUUUCAAUCGCAAAGCUUGGUUUACAUUAGAAGUAUCCCAAGGACUCACAUGGAACUGUAUGGAUGGUAACGAAGCACUCGCCUCCAUACCCUUCUCUCGGUUCAGAGAGAUUAAGGUGGAGAUUUCAGCACCGAAGGCCAAAGAUCAGGGUCAACUCAUUUGUCUCUUCCACAAGGCACUUGAGCUCUCCAAAAUACUCUCAAAUCAAUCAUACCUUCCUUGUCUCCAUAUAUCUCUCGUCGAUACAAAGAAAUCGUCGUGGUGCACAGAAAUCAUAUUCGACGGAACAAAAGAGUACCAUGAGUCAUUCGUGCCUCAAAAGUUAUUGGAGCUGGUAUCAUCCAGGGUGGAAAGCUUGAGCAGUUCCCGUAGCCAUGACUAUGACUACGUAGCCAUCCUCCGUCCAUUCUAUCGCUUGCAUAAUGUCCACGAAGCUUCCGUUACCGUUCCCAAAAAUCUUCAGGUCUAUCUCGAACGGUCUGACUUAUUAGAGGGGUUUGCUUCGCCAAAGAGCGAGGCGCUAUGGAGUGACGAACUCAUUCAGCGGCAUCUAGACACGAUAUUCGUACUCUUCGAAGAUGAGCUAGAUGCGAUACAGGGUCAGACAGCGGGGAGGAUGCGUCUUCGUCGAUUCAGCAAGUGGUUUGCAGAUGGUGAUGGGAAGAUACAGGCUUAUUUAUCCGAACUCAGAAGGAUUUACAACAGUCAGACUGAUGUUAUCGUGGAUUAUGAGCGCAUUCAAAGACGAUAUGUUUGGAUGAAGACGUUGAAUCCAAUGUCUAGCAAGUUGCAGAUGCGGAGUGCGCAGAGUAGGGCUUACGUUCUGAGACAAACGCACGAUGCGUUUUCAGCUGCGAGUGUCUCCGUCACGUCAACUUUUGAGGAUGGAUGGAGUGCAGAGGAGUGGUAUAACUACUAUCCUUUUGGAAUAGUAGGAUUAGAUUUUGAUAGUUAUGGACAUCUGCACGGCCCGGCAGUCACUUAUGAGGCAACCGAUGAUGAUAAGAAGGCAUUGUCGUCGUUAUUCGAUGAGAUUGAACAUGAGAAGGAAGCAAGAGAUUUACCGACGGAAUAUAGAAAGCUGGAUGAUGUUGGCAAAGAAGCGUCAUAUCUCUCACCGAGUUUGACGCCUUCAAGGUCGAUUCCUGGACCGCUAAAUAAUCGCAAGCAUAAUCUCCAUGGCAUGAUUUGA